CCAUGCGUCAAUUGAAAUGCGACCUCCCGCAACAGAAUAUCCGUAGAAGGAGACCGGCAGCAAGGGGGCGGUCGCCAAAACGCGCGUUCAACGCCAAUAUAUCUCAACGGUGCAGCAACGAGGGAGGGAAAAAAAAAUCGCUCAGGGCUGAUCAAAAUGAUAGAUAG